AUGGCCUCGGCAGGGAGACAAGCUCAGCGCCUCACGGCGCAGCUUCGUCCCCGGCUGCAGACGCCGGCAAGAGAGCUUCCCAAGGGUCACUGGCCUGCGCGACGAGCGGCCUCAAACUCUGCCUGCGGCGGACGCACCAGCCGAUGCUCGCCAUGGCUGCUCUGGGGCACGGCUGUUGCGCUGGGCGUCGUCGCACCAGUCGCUUUCCAGCUGACGAAUGCAGGAGGCACCAAGCUCGACGUUGCCUCCCUGGCCGACAAGGAUGCCCAGAAGAAGCGCGAGGCGCCGGUCACGGGGGAUUCGCCCAUGCGGUUGCGGAUGGAAAAGUUUAUCAAGGAACAGCAGCAGAUUAUCGUCAAGGAGCUGGAAAGGGUAGACGGUAAACGGUUUCGCACGGACGAGUGGGCACGCAAGGACGGCGGCGGCGGCAUAACGUGCGUCCUGCAAGAUGGCAACGUCUUUGAAAAAGCCGGCGUCGGCGUCAGCGUUGUCUACGGCUCCCUCCCCAAGCCGGCCAUCCAGAAGAUGCGUGCCAACCACAAGACGCUCGAUCCCAACGUUGACUCGCUCGACUUCUUCGCCGCCGGCCUGAGCAUGGUCCUGCACCCGAAGAACCCCAUGGCACCCACCGUCCACCUUAACUACCGGUACUUUGAGACGGCCAACCCCGACGGAACGUCGCAGGCGUGGUGGUUUGGUGGCGGGAGCGACCUUACGCCGGCGUACCUCUUCGACGAAGACGCCAUCCACUUCCACAAGACGCUCAAGGAAGCGUGCGAUUCGCAUGACAAGGCGUACUAUGCGCGAUUCAAGACGUGGUGCGACGAGUACUUCUACAACAAGCACCGCGGCGAGUGCCGUGGCGUUGGCGGCAUCUUCUUCGACGACCUCGACGAGUCGGAACGCGAUCAGGAGAACACGUUUGCCUUUGUCCAGGACUGCCUCAAGUCCUUCAUCCCUUCAUAUGUCCCCAUUCUCGAGAAGCGCAAAUCGAUGCCGUUCACGGAACAGGAAAAGGAUUGGCAGCAGAUUCGGCGGGGCAAGUAUGUCGAAUUCAACCUUGUCCACGACCGCGGAACGGCUUUUGGGCUGAACACACCCGGCUCGCGUGUCGAAAGCAUUCUCAUGAGUCUUCCUCUGACGGCAAGUUGGAGGUAUAUGCAUGAACCAGAGCCCAAAAGCAGGGAGCAGCGCCUGGUCGACGUGCUGAGGAAGCCAAAGGAGUGGAUCUUGCUCCGCUCACGUCAAGCCGCCUCCAAGCUGGGUGGCCAAGAGAGGCGGGCCGGUUCAUUUGCAACCUAUUCCGGCGGCGACUCGCACGGCUGGAGCAGGGAUGAGUCGGCCAUGACACCCUCCUCCACAUCGGGAAACGACUUGAGCAUGACGCCGAGGCCCCUCUCCCAGCGGGAGCUGCUCACCUCUCUCCUAGCCUCACUUGCACAGUCACCACCAACUCUGCCCCCGGGAGACCCAGCCGCCGUCCUCGACGGGGACAUUGAUGGGGAGCAUGACUGCUGGGAGGCUGCAGGCAGCCGCCGACAUCUGCUGCUAACCCUCCACGUGCUCUUCCCAGCCUCCGUCCUCCCAGCGCUGGAUCUUCUCGAUCGCCGACUCGUGACUCGCAUCAAUAUGCCGGCCCAUCAUCCCGGAAUGUUUCCGCAAAGACUCGGCAUCGCCCGUGCCCACGACUCGUCCGGGGCGGCUGCUCGGCGGCCUGGCCGGCAGUCGUCUCCUCCCUCUCGAGGUUACCCAUCCGUCGCCCAGGUGUAUGAAGUUCGGUCCCUGGCCUCGACACCAGUUCGCCGUCGCGCUGGGCCUGACCCUGCACCGUCAUCCUCGAGAAGCGACCUUGUGCACCUCGACGCGUGGAGCUGCUCUUGCUCCAGCUUCGCCCUCGAGGCGUUCCGGUAUCUGGCGGAAGAGACGACCAAAGACUCUACCGUGUUCUCUUCGCCGCAAUCUUCGUGUCCUCUCCCAUCCCCACCACGUCAGCCUGGGAGCAUGCAUCGAGCUUGUCAUCGCGAGGGCCAGUCGCCGUCACCCGCUAAGAUCACCGGCUGGCUUCCAGGCGACGGGGAGGACGUGCCGUGCUGCAAGCACCUCCUGGCAUGCCUGCUUUCUGAGAUCUGGGGGGGUUUGCCGGAGACCCGCGUGGCUGCGAGGGCCGCCACCAAGGAAGAGCUCGCCGGGAUCGCCGCCAACGUAUGA